AUUAGCGACAACCAUCUUCUUUCAAGACCUCACUGAAGCCAUUCGCAGGUAUUGUGCCUACAAUCCAAGACACUACCGGAGCAAUACCCAGACGCAAGUUGCAAUGACUCGCAGAACCUCGCCCGCCAAACCCCAACCCGACGGGCAGCGCGCCGCCUCGGUUCUCCGGGCUCUCGACGAGCUGGAGUCUGCCUCGGGGGAGGAGCAGCUCACCAUGAUCAAGAUCAGCGAGCCCAUUUCGUCAGCAGUCUCACACGCCGGCAACAGCAGCACCGCAACAAACCCCGCGAUCACCGCCCGCACAUCAGAUGUCUCCACCGCCUCGCUCGACGCGCCCACACCCUCCUCUCUCGAAGCCGACCUGGAGCACUACAAGGAGCUCUUCGCCAAACUGCGCUUCUCGUACGUGGAGCAAGUCACCAAAGAAAAAUUCAUCCGCGCCAUUGUCGGCGACCCACCCCUUAUCGUCACCCCGCAAGAAAACGCCGACUUGGAAGCGGGCAACCUCGAAGCCAAAGCCGCGCUCAAGGCUCUCAAAACCGAAGUUGCUAGCACCGUCGCACAACUCGAGGCCCGCGGGAGGGCCCUCGCCGCGAUGUACGAGCGGGUGCGCGCCGACAAGGCCCGCCUGGCUGAACUGCCGGGCCGUAUUGAGGGGCUUGAGAAGAGCGUCGCUGAGCUCCGCCGCGCGGCAGGACCGGAAUCGGGACAGGGGAUGGAUAUGCCCCUGGGCAAGACGCGCGAGGUGGUGGAGCGGAAACGGGCCGACCUGGCGGGCCUCGAUAGGCAGUUGGAACAGCUGGCGUCGCUGGCGCCGAGGAAGAGGAAGGAGGCGGAACGUUUGCGUGCGGAGGUGGCAGCGUUGGAGAAUAAAAAGGUGCAUAGUGCGGCUGCGGCGAGGGAGGCUAAGCGGAGGAGGGAGAAUGCGCAGGGAGGGGUGGAGGAUGAGUUGGAGGCUAGGGGUAGGUGGUAUAGAGCUUCGGAACUGGUGUUGAGAAGGGUGCUUGAUCUGGAGGAUGUAAGGUAAUGCUGCGAGUGGGAGGUGUGAUGGUUGGGAUUCUUUCUCUGAUGGCGUUUUUGAGGGUGGUAACUAAAGGGUAACAGGGUUAUGGACAACGGGUCUGGGAAAAGGAUCGCGCAGAGGGAAUAGGUUGGGUUGGACCGGUCGGCGCAGGUUAGGUUUGAUUUGGCGUUUGGGAGUCGCAGUGGGUUGGUUACUAGCAUUCACAUCGGCAUCGCCUCGAGUUACAGUACAUAGGUGCAUGAGCUCUGUGAUGCUGUUGAGGGUUAGUUCCGGAGUCAUUCUCUGUAGCUCUGUGUCCAUGGCUCGAAAUCAGUGGGAGAUCACUUCAGUGCUCGGGUGUGAGGCCGGCCUGAAGCGUAGCGUCUAGUGAUACGACCAACCCUACGACGCAUGAGAGCUGGACCUUAGGCACGACAGACAAUUAAGCUCAGAGCACAC